AUGGCAUUUUCAGUUGCGAUGGUUGUGCUGGCUUUUUUAAGUCAAUUCACGACUAACAACCAAAAAUUGAAGCGUUCAAUUCGUCGUCACCGUCAAUACGUAUGUAAAAAUCGUGGUGGUUGUGAGGAAGGCAAGUGUUUGGUGGAUAAAACGCAUCGGAAUCAGUGUCGUGCGUGCAGAUUGACGAAAUGCCUCCAGAUCGGUAUGAAUAAAGAAGCCGUACAACAUGAACGAGGUCCACGCAACGCAACCAUCCGAAGACAUAUUGCUUUGUAUGCUGCAGCAAAUACCACCUCAGCUGUACAUCGAGUGCACACACGUUCCUCAUCCUAUCUGCAUUCCUCAUCAUCCCCGCCCGUACGACGGAGUGCAGGAUCUGAAGCUGUGCAACGCUCACUACUGUUGAAUCGUGACGAUAGAUCGCCAGAAUUCGGCUCAGAUUCCGAUUCACCUGCAUCGUGUGCAGCUAGUGAUAUUCUCACAACAAGUUCAUCAUCAACGAACGCAGUCACAACCACAACCACCACAUCAACCAUUCUAAAUGCACCUCUAAAUGGAUCACCUUCAAAAGAUUCGGCCGCACGAUUGUUCUUCCAGAUUCUUCACUGGUCUAAAUCCCUUGUCCCUUUCGUUUGCCUCUCAAAUGCCGAUCAGAUAACAGCGUUCAGUUCAUCUUGGGGUGUGUUGUUCUUAUUAUCUGCAGUUGAAAGUGGUAUAAUGCAAAGUGCAACCUUAAUACAAGAGCGUAUUUGCGAUGCACACAUGGAAAUGCGAAAACGUUUAAGUUCAGUUGUGAAUCAACUGGAACAAUUGAAUCUGGAUGCGAAUGAGUUCAAUCAUUUAAGACUUAUCAGUCUCAUGAAAGAUGCGUAUGAGUAUGAUAAAUUCGAAGAAUUUAGCACUUGUCAGUGCUAUAGGGCAAGUAUUGAUGUCGAGAAAAGUCGACAUUUACAAAUGGAGCAGUUGUCAGCUUUCAAUUUAGCGCGUCAUCAGCAAAUCACUUAUCCGUGUCAACCGUUACGAUAUAUAUCAUGUAUGGUCCUUCUUGAAACGAUGCCGCAAUUCGAAUCCAUUCUACUCGAACUCUAUUUUAAGCAGUCCAUUGGUGGCACAUCGAUGACUGCAUUGAUUGCCGAUAUUCUUACACCAAAAACAUUGAUUCUCAGCCAAUCGGAUCAUAAAUCUGCAGCUUCUGCCUAG